CACCGAAGAGUCUGUUCGAGGCAGAUAGCCGCUCUCGCGCUGGUGCUUCCCUACCAACACCGCACCCGCCGCACCGGUCGCGACCACCACCGCCACGCCGCACCUCCAAAGCAGCGGAGGAGGUCGCAUCGCAGUCUCAGCCUUCCUACGAAUAUCCGCCGCCCCGCCUCACACAUCAUCAUCUCGCCGUCCGCCCGCCCGCAUCCGCAAACCCCAACUUCACUCCAACCACUCUCCGCUUCCCCACCCCCAGAUCCCACCGCAUCGCCGGCCCAGAUCUCGAUCCUUCGCCGCGCCGCGCCUCGCCGCGUGGCCUACGACGGGCCAUGGCCGCCGCCGCCGCCGUACUCCUUCUCUUCCUCCUCGGCCUCGCGGUCGCGGCGGCCGCUCCGGCGGCGUGCCGGCACACCAACCUGACGGCCGGCUUCGCGGCGGACCUCACCAUGCUGCAGCACCAGCUGCGCGGCACGGUGCGCCUCGACCCGUCCGGCGGCUGCGCGCUGCGGCUCACGCGCUUCGACCUCCUCGCGGCCUCCCCCUCCGCGCGCUUCUGGGCCGCCGACGGCGCCACGCUCGCCGACCUCCAGGCCGGCCACUCCUUCUCCCCGCUCCCGCUCAACACCACCUUCCGCAACGCCACGCUCCGCCUCCCCUUCUCCAGCCCGCUCCCGCCGCUGCUCGCGCUCUUCGACCCCGACACCUCCUCCGACCUCGGCCACGUCUUCCUCUCCGCCAACGGCUCCUCCAACGCCACCGCCACCACCGUGCCCACCAUGUUCGACAACUGCCUCCCGCUCUCCGACACCUACCGCCUCCGCUGGACGCUCAACGCCUCCGCCGGCGAGGUCGAGAUCGGCCUCGAGGCCGCCGUGGGCUCCGAGUACUACAUGGCCUUUGGAUGGUCCGAUCCCAAGGCCAACUCCCCUGGCAUGGUUCACUCGGACAUCGUGGUCGCCGGAUUCACCGAGGAAGGUAUGCCAUUUGCCGAGGAUUACUACAUAACCGACUACAGCGAGUGCACCAUGGGGAGGGACGACUCGCCGGUGUCUGGCGUGUGCCCGGAUUCCGCUUAUGACGAGGGGAGGAACGAUUCCAGGCUCGUGUAUGGGCACCGGCGGGACGGCGUGUCUUUCGUCAGGUAUAGGAGGAAGCUUGAUAGUGAGGAUGCCAAGUAUGAUGUGCCUGUGGUUGCUGCAGAGGAGAUGGCUGUGGUCUGGGCCAUGGGUAAGCUGCGGCCGCCGGAUACUCUGCGUCCGCACUACCUCCCGCAGAACCAUGGGGGUCAGAGGGAUACAACCUUUGGGUUCACGAGGGUUAAUUUGUCGGAGUCUGUGGACAGUUGCAUUGGACCCUUGGACGCAGAAAAUAAGCAAGACCAGGAGAGGAUCAUCGCAGAUGGGAAGACACCACUGGUGGUGACAUCUGCUCCAGCAGUGCGCUACCCAAACCCACCAAACCCUGACAAGGUGAUAUAUAUCAACAAGAAGGAAGCGCCGCUGCUGAAGGCUGAGAGGGGUGUGCCAGUGAAGUUUUCAGUGCAAGCUGGGCAUGAUGUUGCACUGUAUAUCACUUCAGAUGCCAUUGGUGGAAAUGCCACUCUGCGGAAUAAAACUGAAGUCAUAUAUGCUGGUGGCCCUGAUUAUCAUGGUGUGCCAGCAACCCCCACAGAGCUGGUUUGGUUGCCUGAUCGGAAUACACCUGAUCUAGUCUACUACCAGUCAGUGUAUGAACCAAAGAUGGGGUGGAAGGUUCAAGUUGUUGAUGGAGGUCUUAGUGAUAUGUAUAAUAACAGUGUGCUAUUGGAUGAUCAGCAGGUUACUCUGUUUUGGACUUUGUCCUCUGACUCUAUAUCUAUAGCAGCUCGAGGUGAGAAGAAAAGCGGGUACCUUGCUAUCGGGUUUGGGAGUGGGAUGGUGAAUAGUUAUACCUAUGUUGGCUGGGUAGGUAAUGAUGGAGUUGGGAGAGUCAAAACCUACUGGAUUGAUGGAAAGGGUGCGACAGGUAUCCAUGCAACAUCUGAGAAUUUAACCUAUGUCAGGUGUAAAUCAGAAAAUGGCAUUAUUACCUUUGAGUUUACUCGUCCUCUUAAACCUUCUUGUAGUGGAAAGGUAGAGUGUAAGAAUAUUAUUGAUCCCACCACACCCCUCAAGGUUGUUUGGGCCAUGGGUGCAAGCUGGUCAGGAGAUGAUCUGACGGACAGUAAUAUGCAUUCAGUCACAAGCAGUCGCCCCAUACGGGUUCUUUUGUUGAGAGGUUCAACGGAGGCAGAGCAGGACUUGCGUCCGGUUCUGGCUGUUCAUGGAUUUAUGAUGUUUGUUGCCUGGGGCAUAUUGCUUCCCGGUGGAAUACUGGCUGCCCGGUAUUUGAAGAGCUUGAAAGGAGAUGGAUGGUACCAAAUACAUGUCUAUCUGCAGUACUCUGGAAUUGCUAUAAUGUUCCUCGGCGUCCUUUUUGCUGCAGCCGAGCUCCGAGGUUUUUAUGUCAGCUCAGUGCACGUCAAGUUUGGCGUAGCUGCUUUACUGUUGGCAGGUUUUCAGCCACUAAAUGCAUAUUUCCGACCUAAGAGACCAGCUAACGGGGAGGUUCUAUCCAGGAACCGUGUCAUAUGGGAGUACUUACAUGUUAUUACAGGCAGGUCAGCAAUUGUUGUUGGAAUUGUGGCGCUUUUCACAGGAAUGAAGCAUUUAGGCCAUAGGUAUGACAGUGAGAAUGUAGAGGGGCUCACUUGGGCCUUGAUGUUGUGGGUUCUUUCGGCUAUAGUUAUAACUCUAUCCUUGGAAUAUAAAGAGGUCAAACGAAAGGUUAGAGACCGAAGCUCCAGCGGGCAUUGGGUAUUAGGUAACAGCGAGGAAGAUGAUACAGUUGAUCUUUUGCAUCCUGACAGUUCGUCCAGGAGCUCCGAAUCUAACCCUUCUGGUGUAAUGGAGGUGCAGCUUGAACCUCUUAAUAGAUGACAUAGACCAGUCUGUAUUUCACAGUUUCAGAUACAGAACACACCAGUUCUUAUUUUCAGUCAUACACGGCGACUUUCUGCUCUGGAAGAAACUCGACUUCUCGUGGUUGUUUCGACCGUUGCACAAAUUGCCACAGGCUACACAGGAUCUUCAGAUUAUGUCUUGAUUACUCGUGUCCCACUGUUCACAUUGUAUAGUGUACAUUUUUUACAAUAGACAGGUACAAUUUGUUACAUUGCUCCCAAGCGAUUCUUUUUCCAUCAGAUUUUGAGAGAGAGACAUUAGGUGCUGAUUUGCACGCGCAUCAUCAUUAACUGAGCAGAGCAUACAAGGGAGAGAAAUUAUGUAUCAUAGUGGGAUACUAUUCAAUAUAUUCGUUUUGGGAAUUUGAGAUAAAAAGUUGUACUGCCUGGUUGUAUUCAUGCAUUGUAUGUGCUCAGUGUGAUAAAUUUUGGUACAUCUUCA